ACAAUGAGCAGUUUCUUAGACUACACGGUGAUGAGCGGGGAAGGUGGCUCAUGCACUGUUAGGGCUUUUCACUCGGACCACGGGAUUACAACUUUCCAGUCGUGCGGGGCCACUGUUAACAACUGCGGGGUGGAUGACCAUUUCAUGGUGAGCAGAGCUUCUCCUGACUGCGUCUCUCACCAGACGGGGUCGUACCAAUCUAAUGCCAGCUCUCUAAGUCUCCCCUAUGGGGCCCACCCGGCCUGCAGCUCUAACUAUGGACCCCAAAGUUUCUGCACUACAUAUAACCACCAUGCCCUCGCCCAGGAAGUAGACACCGCAGCUGCGUUCCCUCAGUGCGGCCCACUGAUGUACUCUGGUAACAUUUCCUCCUCCAUGGUUUCUCAGCAUCGCCAUGGUUACAGUGCCGCCCCCCUGGGUCAACUGCAGUAUAGCCACACUGCCUACAGCGGCGGGCACGAGCAAGCGCCCCCUUAUCCAGGGUGUUCAAAUCCGCUGUCACCUCUGCAUGCAGCUCAUCUGGAGGCUUGCUGUUCACCUCUGUCUGAGGGCGCAUCGUCUGCACAGACUUUUGACUGGAUGAAAGUUAAGAGGAAUCCACCAAAAACAGGGAGGUCUGGUGAGUAUGGCUAUGCUGGUCAGCCGAAUACGGUCCGGACCAACUUCACAACCAAACAGCUGACGGAACUAGAGAAGGAAUUCCACUUCAACAAGUACCUGACCCGGGCGCGCCGUGUAGAAAUUGCAGCCGCGCUGCAACUCAAUGAGACUCAGGUGAAAAUUUGGUUCCAGAACCGGAGGAUGAAGCAAAAAAAGCGAGAGAAAGAAGGGCUGUUGCCAGCCAAACUUACAUCCUCGGACAGCAGUCAGGAGAAAAUGGACGAUGCAGCAUCCGAGAAAUCUAUCUCAGCUCCAUCUACUCCUUCUCCCACAUCCUCCACUGUGUCUUCCACGGGGCCUGAUCCUUUCGCCUCCAACUGA